GCACCCUGCGCCAAAAUGCUCGCCAGCGGGCCAGCGGUCGAAGGCCACCGCUGACCUUACGGCACGGAACACCUUAUAAAAGGGUCGACGCGUCAAUUUUGGACACUGCCGCUGCAAAGUCCACAAAGCCCAGGUUGCCGAUUGGCUCCAGCUCCGCUGGAACGCGCCUCCUGCAAUUGGUCAAACUUCACGUCACUCAGAUGCAUCGCAGCAGUGAUUGAUGGAGAAGCCGGUAGUGAUGGCCGUUCACUUCCUGAAGUCGAACAGAAGCUCGGAGCGGGACGGGAGGGAAGUUCCUCGAGUGGAACUUUAAUAAACAAAGCAUUUCCUAUUCCUCCCCUCACAUUUUGUCCUACUUCCACGCCUGCGCGCCCUCCAGCGGCUUCAGCUCGGCGGGGAAGGCGAAGCGGCCGCUGCAGAUGGAAGCUGCACCGGCCAAGGCCAAGCCGCAGGGCCGCCUCCUGGUGUCCACGCAACUGGACGCCAAAGACGACUUGGAGGAGAAACUGGAGCGUUGUAUUGGAGCGGUUCACUCCUUGAUCAAUGGCCUUUCCGAGAGAGAAGCGAACGACGCUCUGACCGCCAAUGUGUGUAAAGGCCAGCAGCAGCAUGAGGAGGUUUGUCUCGGUCUCUUCGCUCUGCUCCUCACCGAGCCGGCUCAGGCCCAGAGGUGUUACAGAGACCUGACUUUGGUGAACCGAGAUGGGAUGAAUGUGGUCCUGGUGAAGAUCAACCAAAUCUUAAUGGAGAAGUUCCUCAAGCUGCAGGAUGUCCCCAGAAAGCAGCUGGUGUGGCUGGUCAGAGAGUUGGUGAAGAGCGGUGUGAUGGCAGCUGAUGGCGUUGUCAUGACGCUGCUCAAACAAAUUGCAGGAGGAGACGUGUCCACAAAGAACUUGUGGUUGGCUGAGAGCGUCCUCGACAUCCUGUUGGAGCAAAAGGAGUGGGUUCUGAAGAGCGGGAUGCUGAUAGCCAUGUCUGUGUACACAUUCCUGCGCCUCAUCGUGGACCACGGCGCUCCCAACCUGCUUCCUCUACGUCAGAAGGAAGUGGACUUCUGCAUCGGGAUGCUGAGGGAGAAGUUCUUGGAGUGCGUGAUCAUUGGCAGAGAUUUGGUGCGCCUGCUGCAGAACGUGGCUCGGAUCCCCGAGAUGGAUCUCCUGUGGCGAGACCUGCUCCACAACCCGCAAGUCCUCAGUCCUCAGUUCACCGGCAUUCUGCAGCUGCUCACAGCUCGGACUUCCCGAAAGUUCCUGGCGUGUCGUCUGACCCCCGACAUGGAGACCAAGCUCCUGUUCAUGACCUCCAGGGUCCGCUUCGGGCAGCAGAAGCGCUACCAGGACUGGUUCCAGCGGCAGUACCUGUCCAUGGCCGAGAGCCAAUCGCUGCGCUGCGAUCUGAUUCGUUACAUCUGCGGCGUGGUCCACCCGUCCAAUGAGGUCCUUAGCUCCGACAUCCUGCCGCGAUGGGCCAUCAUUGGCUGGCUGCUCACCACCUGCACGUCAAACGUGGCUGCCUCCAAUGCCAAACUGGCGCUCUUCUACGAUUGGCUGUUCUUCAACCCUGACAAGGACAGCAUCAUGAACAUAGAGCCGGCCAUCUUGGUCAUGCAUCAUUCCAUGAAGCCUCACCCCGCUAUCACCGCCACGCUUCUGGACUUCAUGUGUCGGGUGAGACUCCGCCGUCACGUGACCCGCCGACGUCCCGGAAUCACUUGGCUCCUCCUUUCCUCCUCUCCUCAGAUCAUUCCUCACUUCUUUCCUCCGUUGGAAGUUCAAGUUCGUCAGGGCGUCUUCAACUCGCUGACGUUCAUCAUGGAGAAGAGAGUGCUGGCGCACUUGGCGCCGUUGUUCGACAACCCGAAGUUGGACCGAGAACUUCGCUCCAUGCUCAGAGAAAGAUUCCCAGAGUUCUGCAGCGCCCCCUCUCCACCUAUGGAAGUGAAAAUGGAGGAGAUGACAUGCAUGGAGAUGGAGCACAUGAUGGACAAGGAGGAAGGUUGCUAUGACAACACAGAAGCAGCCUUCAGUGAUGAUGAGGAGGAGGUCAACAACAAAGGGAAGAAGCGCGAGUUCAGGUUUCAUCCAAUCAGAGAGGCUGUAGUGGAGGAGCCUGCUGACAUCACACCCUGGCUCGACCAGUUAGAAGACACCAUGAAGGAAAAGGUUGUCCAGCUGCAGAAGUCAAGUGACACGGAGACGCAGUGUGAAGUCAUGCAGGACAUUGUGGACCUCAUCCUGGAGGAGGACUUUGACACGGAGCAGAUGUCGGCUUUAGCGUCGUGUCUGGCGGAAAUCUUUAAGGAACAUUUCCGAGGAGACGUCCUGCCUGAAGACAUCACUGACGAGUCCCUGGAGGAAUCUGUGUGCAAGGCGGUGUGUCUAGUGUUCAGGAACCUGGUGACCAUGCAGGAGGACAACAGCGGCUUCUCGGUUCUUCUGGACAUGCUGGCGGAACUUUACCAGAAGCAACCCAAGAUCGGCUACCACCUCCUCUACUACCUCAAAGCCAGUAAAGCGGCAAAUGGCAAGAUGAUGCUGUACGAGUCGUUCGCCCAGGCCACGGCGCUCGGAGAUCUCCACACGUGUCUCAUGAUGGACAUGAAGGCGUGUCAGGAGGACGACGUGCGGCUGCUUUGCUACCUGACGCCCUCAAUCUACUCGGAGUUUCCAGAUCAGACGUUGCGAAGCGGCGAGCUGCUGAACAUGAUCGUCGCCGUCAUCGAUUCCACCCAGUUGCAGGAGCUGAUGUGUCACGUGAUGAUGGGAAACCUGGUCAUGUUCCGAAAAGACUCCGUCCUCAACAUCCUAAUCCAGUCUUUGGAUUGGGAGACGUUUGAGCAGUACAGCACGUGGCAGCUGUUCCUAGCACACAGCAUCCCUCUGGAGACCAUCAUUCCCAUCCUGCAGCACCUCAAGUACAAAGAACAUCCGGAGGCCUUGUCCUGUCUGCUGCUGCAGCUGCGUCGGGAAAAGCCCAGUGAGGAGAUGGUGAAGAUGGUUCUGAGCAGACCUUGUCACAGCGAGGACCAGUUCACCACCAGCCUCCUGCGACACUGGGCGUCCAAGCACGACGACACCCUGGCCGAACACAUCAAAGCGCAACUAAUCAAGAACAACAACCAACCCCGAAAGAGGCAAAGUCUCCGGAGCUCCAGCAGCAAACUGGCUCAGUUGACUCUUGAACAGAUCCUGGAACAUCUGGACAACCUCAGAUUGAGCCUGAACAACACCAAGAACAGCUGUCAGUACGCGCACACACACACACACACACACACACACACACACACACUUGCAUUCAUUGAUCGGUCGGUGGCGGCUGUCCUGAUGGCGAGUGUUGGCGUGUGCUCAGUCUUCAGUCAGACUCCCAUCCUUCAGGCUCUGCAGCACGUUCAGGCCAGUUGCGAUGAAGGACACAAGAUGAGGUUCAGCGACCUGUUCGCGUUGGCCGAAGAGUACGAAGACUCUCAGGCCAAACCGCUCAAGUCUCGCCGGAAGGCGGCGGCCACGUCGCCCAGGUCCCGCAAGGGCGUGGCCCCGCCCAGCAACAACGAAGAGGAGAGCGCCUCCAGCAGCGCGUCGGAGGAGGAAGACUCCAAGCCCAAAGCUCCCAAGAGAAAGAGGAAAUGCUCGUCGGCCGUAGCGUCUGACAGCGACUGAUCCCGAGGCCCUCGGCGGACGCUACCGAAUUUUAGCUCGCCCUGACACGCGUCGGCCAUUUUCCCACAAUGCACUGUGACCUUUGUCUUUUUUGAAACUUAAAUUGUGGACGUUUUGACUUCCUGUUGUUUUUAGCAGCUCCUUCCUCUUUGUCCCGCUGCAGUAAAACACUUUGUAUAAAGCCU